AUGUCCCGGGCAGACAAAUCAGGAGGCCCUCCUAGGGCUCAGGCGCCGAUGAUGGAGUUUCGACGCACAAUGGCAAACUGUGGUUUUAUCGAUCUGGGGUAUGUAGGUAGCAAAUACACAUGGAGUAAUAAGUUCACAAAAGAGCGUUUAGAUCGAGGUUUCCAAACUGCUCAAUGGCGAAGUUGGUUCCCAUAUAGUAGGAUUAUUACCAUGGAUCCCUCAGAAUCUGAUCACUAUCCUCUCCUAAUAGAGGUUAGCCCUAAUAAGAUCCAACGUAGGAAAACUGCCAGACUCUUUCGUUUUGAGGAGGUGUGGCAUGGAAACUCUGACUGUAGAAGCAUCAUUCAACGAAAAUGGGCACAACCGAUUACUGGAAAUGCUUUGCAACAACUAGGAACCAAAAUCAAGGCUACGGGACGAGAGCUAAUGGAUUGGCACAUCAAGGAAUUUGAUAAACAAUGA